GCGCGCGGGUGGCGAAUUCGGCCUCAACGACGGCGUCCAGUGGACCUGUGCUGGAAUUUUUUUUCUUCACCUUUUUUUAGCCCCCGGAGGCGGUGGUUCUUGCGCGACGGCGAGGCGGAGCCACGAGGGCAGCGGCCUGGAGGCGGAGGUGCUGGGUGGUGGGUUCGGGCGGCGGACGACUCCGUGCUGGAUGGGAGCCGAGCUGAACGGUGGAGAAGGGGAUGAUUCCAAUAGGGAUUGAGCUGGCAGUUUUUUUGUUUUUCCUUUUCAUUUUUUUGUACUAUCUUUCUUUCAAUUCGAUAGAGCUCACGCAAUGGAGCGUGUGUAUCGUCCUAGUAUCCCAUUAUCGGGAGAAGGAUACUGGGCGCCAACAUUCCACCGCUGCAUCCGCCAAACCCUACACGGAGGAUGAGGAUAUUGAUGAGGUGCCGGAGUCUACUAGCGGUAGUGAUGAGCUUUGGUCGCCAAGCGAUGUGGACACGGAUGAGUCUCUGGAGAAGGAUCCGGAGCUCGCACGUGUGUUCAUGUACUCUGAUGCGUCUCGUAUAUUGAAUGAUGCUCUUGUGGAAGUUGUGUCUCAUUGCAGGCCAGGUUCUAAGAUAUUGGAUAUAUGUGAAGUUGGUGAUUCUAUUAUAACCAAGAAAGCUGCAGCAUACAAAAAGAAAAGUGUUUCCAAACCUAAAGGAAUUGCAUUCCCAACAUCCGUAUCUGUCAACAAUAUUCUUUGUAACUUCUGUCCACUAGCUACCGAUGAGACAACACUCAAGGAGAAGGACAUAGUUAAAAUCGAGAUGGCUUGUCAUGUUGCCGGAUACAUUGUUGUUUCCGUGUAUACUCACGUUGUUAGUGGGGAGCCUAUCACUGGUAGAUUAGCUGACACUAUUGGUGCUACCAAGAAAGCAGCUGAUAUCAUAACAAAGAUAGCCAAGCCAGGCAUAAAAAUGAAGGAUUUAACUGAUAUAAUUCAGAAAGUUGCUGCUGCCUUCGACUGCAAAAGUUUGGAGAUAUUCCGUUGUCAGCAGCUUAAAUGUUAUGAUGGUGCGCAACCCAUAAAAAGCUUAUCAAGUGGCUGUGAUGAUGAUGAUGAUUUUGUUUUAGAACAUGGCAAAGCAUAUUCAAUUGAUAUUGCUAUGGCGACUGGGGAUCCAAAGCUCGAGUUUUUGGAAAAAGGACAUCCUACAAUUUAUAAGAGAAAUUUGGUAGAGAGAAAUGCUGAAUUGAAAGAAGAUUCAUUGGACCCUGUUCUUAGUGAGAUCCGUGAAAAGUUUCCAUCCAUGCCCUUUCCUUCUAGGUUAGCUUCUGCAUGA